GCAAGCUAGUACCAAACAUCUGAUUCAAACUAUCCUUCUCAAGUUCUUCAACUCAUCAGACAAUAAUGGAAGGAUCAGUUGAACGAAGGAUUGUCCUUUUGGGUAAGACAGGAGCUGGGAAGAGCAGUGCAGCCAAUGCCAUUCUGGGUGAGAAGCUGUUCAAGACCAGUUGCUCACCCAACCCUGAUACAUUUAUCUCUGAGGGUAGAAAAAUGACUGUUGAUGGGAGGAAACUCACUGUUAUUGACACACCAGGUUUUUUUGGUUUUGACAGCUCAGAUGAAGAUCUGAAAGCUGAAGUAAUGAAUUGCAUGGUAGAGUGUUUCCCUGGACCUCACGCCUUUGUUAUUGUGCUGCCUAUGGUUAAGCAAACACCUGAGGAGAGGAACGCAGUGGAAGUGAUUCUGAAAAUGUUUGGGGAGGAGGCUCUGAAGUAUGCUGUUGUCCUGUUUACCCAUGGAGACCAGCUUGAAGACAGCAAGACCAUCCAGCAGUUUGUGGAUGGAUGUGCCCACCUGACAAAGCUCAUCAAAUCAUGUGGAAACAGGGUUCAUGUCAUUGAUAACAAAUACUGGAAUGAUCCCAAAGAUGGCCAUGACGGGAAUGACAAAAACAACAGUGUUCAAAUCAAAAAGCUGCUGAACACGAUUGAUCAGAUGGUGAUACAGAACAUAGGAGAGUACUAUACCACUGAGUUCCUCCUAGCUGCGGCAAAAGCUCUUGGAGAGGAUUGGGCAGCCCACACGACAACAGCAAGUGGAUACUUGAUAAAGAGCUUCAUGAAAACCGCUCUAAAUUACACAGCAGGCAUAACAGCACAGGCUCUGUGGGGUACGUUUCUUGGUGCUGCCUUUGGAUUUAAGUUUAAUUUAGGUACAGUAUUAUCACCCGAACUGCAAAAAUGGAUUGCUAUUUCGGUCACUUUGGCUAAAGCAAUCAGGGCGAAAGUUGGAGGAGAAGAAGCACAAAAUGCGGAGACUUACAAAGAAGUUUUAUCUGGAAUCAUAAAAAGAAUGGAACAGGUACUGGCAAAUCUAGCCAAAUGCAAGGAUGCAAAAUAAUUUUCAGAGUUCAGGGAUAUCAUCUUACAUUAAAAUAAUAGGUUGAAUAAUAGGAUGAAUGGAGUUACCACAGCAAACAGAAUUGACAAUAGGAUAUGCCAUUGGUUUAUGAUAUUUAGAAAUAUGCUCAGAACUGAAAAGAAUAUGCUCAGAAUAUGCUUUAUUUUUUUUUAUCAGCUUUGACCAGUCUGGUCAUAUUCUAGAGACUAGUGUGCGUGAAAAUCAUCAGUUUCUGAGAUACUCAAACCACCCUGUCUGCCACCAACAAUCAUUCCACAGUCAGUUAGAUAUUUUUUGCCCAUUCUGAUUAACAUUAACUGUAUGCAUUGCACUCCUGCCACACAAUUGGCUGAUUAGAUAAUCACAUGAAUAAGUAGGUGUAAUGAAGUUAAAAUGUUCCUAAUAAAGUGCUCAGUGAGUGUAUAUCCCUAUAUACAGUACAAAUAAAAUGAGCAGAGAAUGCUGGAAAUCAGCAA